CACCCAGGUAAAGUCUCGGUGGCGCUAGGGAGUCGUCCUCUCCCCACUGGUAUAAUCAUAAGCCUGUACAGUUGUACAACUAUCUUUCCCACUCAUACGCGGAACUGCAGAGGUGGUACUAAUAUUAGCGCUUCGGUUAUUUUGCGUGUUGGUCAGACACCAGCGCAGGCACACCACUGUUACUGACACUUGAGACUGACACACUUCUGCGCUUCCAGUCUCUCGCCGGAUUUUGGUCCUUGCAUUAUCAUCCUGCUACCGCAGUACUACCUACCUUCUUCGGACUGACACUUUUCUUCUCUUCAAGUUCCCACCAACUACUACUCGACACACACUUCUUUCUUUGUUCUCUUUGUCUCACGUUCUAUCAGUUCGCCUUCAGCAGCACACGAUUCCUGGCUCGAUUGUAGCCGCCAUUGUUGAUCCACCAUUGACACUCACCCUUUUCCAACACCAACACAAUCCGGACGCUCACUUCCCUGCACGUCUUCAUUCAAAGCCGUCCUUCGAACAACCGAGUUUUCCCGCCCUCUAAUUCUCAUUAACCACGUUUUCGAAUCCGUUCGAUUCCUCCCUCCUCUACCACAAUGAAGAUCUCAGCCGUUCUGUUUGGCACGCUCUUCGCCUCUGCGGUGUCCGCCGACGCCUUAGACGACGCAAUAGCCCUCUUCAAACGCCAGAGCGUCCAACUGUCUACCGGCGGUUCAGAUACCACAAGCGCUACCCAGACUUCAUCAUCAGUACCAACAUCGUCCUCCAGCAGUGACGAUGACACGACCUCCAGCCUCACUCAAACAAGUUCCGGUAGCAUCAGCGUCGAGUCCUCCACUGUCACGCAAACGCCAACAUGGUCUCCUUCCACCACCGUGAUCGUCCGCACAUCCACCUAUACUCCCACCAAUUCGGAGGGCUCUGCCACCACUACUGAGGCUUCCGUGUCUACCGUCUCCACUAGCACAGUGACCCCGUCGAGAACAUUGAUAACAACAAGUGCUACUCAAGAAGUCAUCACCACAAUCACAAGCGUCAGCGCCGGUAGUACCGUACACAUUACAAGCACAGGCAGCAGUGUGGUUCCGGUCACCACAAGCGUCGACCCAGCCUCAUUGACUAGCGGCAGCGGUCAUCACAGCAGCUCCGGCCUGAGCUCAACAGCCAAAAAGACAAUUGGCGGCGUGGUUGGUGGUGUCGGCGGUGCCUUGCUUCUUGCUGGACUGGCAUACACUGCCUGGCGCAUCUGGGGCAAGAAGAGGAACCUCCAUGAUGAUGAUCUGUACGACCCCAAUUUGAACCAAGACAAACUCAGUGCAAAUACGGGAUCGGAUUCUACGCCUUUCCGCUCGACCUUGGAUCAAUAUCAUCAACCGGGCCCAGUCAACACAGCAUCCAACUUUUAAACUGGCAAACCAUCCCAAUUUGUUACCCAGCAACUGGACCGUCACGAUUGUCACGAAUUUUAUCUGGACUUAGCGCGGGAAAGCCGUUGGAGGUGGUGUUUCCCGGUCAAAAAUCCGUCGGCCAGCGCUUACUCAGGGUUUGAAGUGGGCAUAUCAUGGCGUGGGAGGUGUUUUUUUUCUUUGCUAGUUAGCGGACCUAAUCUGUGCUAUGCGCACCAUUCCUUCAGGAGUCCCCAUCUUGUUUGAUGUGUACAGAAGGGCUAAUUGAAAGUGAUCGGAGUAUGGCGAAUUGGCUAAGUAGAACACAAAUCAAUUGAUUGUCAUGUUGAAUGAUUACCAAGCCGAGACUGGCCACGGUAAAGGCGUUCUCGUUCUGUGCAUGGUAACUGCAUGCGAGAUAUAUGUGUGCUACCUUAAUGGAUCGAUUCAAAGAGCGAUUUUCGGGACAGAGGAAGUCAGCACAGCCUUGACGAUGCAGACCAAUGUCAGCACCAACGUGAAGGUCGAGUUAUGAGGUACUCAUAAGGGUCAUCCCGGGUGAUUUGCACGUUGGUAGGUACCUUAGUAAGCAAAGUCUGG